AUGGUGUCAACUGCGGAAAGCAGUCCAGUCGACGGCGCUGGCCGUUCUCGGUCGUGCGCGCCGUCAACACUAGGACUGGUUCUACGACAACGAAACCGCCAUCAGCAACCUGCUCGCCGAGAAGAACCGGCUACAAGGGCCUACAUCAAUCGCCCUCCUGACGACAACAAAACUGCCUACCACCGUAGACGCCACCUUGUUCAACAGCAGCUGCGGCAGAUGACGGACACCUGGACGGCUCGCAAGACCGAGGAUUUUCAAGGGUACGCGAACCGCAACGAAUGAAAGAACUUCUUCUCCGGGACCAAAACCGUCUACGGUCCGCCAACAAAAAGUACUGCGUUUUCUCUCAGCACCGACUGCAAUACUCUCUUCACUGAGAAAACACAAAUUCUACAGCGAUGGGCCGUGCACUUCCGAGGCGUCUUCAACCAUCCCUCCACCAUCUCCGAUGUCACUAUCUUCCGUCUGUCUCAAGUGGAGAAAAACGUCGACCUCUAUCUCCUGCCCUCUCUACAUGAAACUAUCAAGGCCGUGCAGCAGUUCUUCUGCGGGAAAGCGCCCGAAUCGGACGCGAUCGCUGUUGGGGUCUACAAGCACGGUGGUCCCCAGCCAAUGGAUCACCUGACUGAGUUCUUCCAGGAGAUGUGGCGUCAUGGAAAAAUCCCUCAGUAUUUUAAAGACGCCACAAUCGUUCACCUAUACAAGCGCAAAAGAAACCACCAAAUCAGCUACAACUACCGAGGUAUUUCCCAGAUGAACAUCGUCGAGAAAAUUUUCACUCGCAUCCUUCUCAACUGCCUGAAUAAUCACCUGGAACAGGGUCUUCUGCCGGAAAGCCAGUGCGGCUUUCGUCAUCAUCGUGAGACCAUGGAAAUUAUCUUCGGCGCUGACGACUUCAGGAGAAGUGCCAGGAGAUGCGGAACCACCUGUACUCUACCUCCAUGGAUCUGA